GGAAAUCCAGCUCUCGCCGAGAGCUCUUCAGGGGGCCACCGGGCGCCUUGAUCCGCCACUGGCGUGGGCGACGGCGAAGAAGGGAAGGAGAAGGAAGGGAAACACGGAAUCGCUAACGUACUACGUAGGCCUGUUACGCCCAAUGAAUGACGCAUCAGGCGCGUACGCGCGCAGUGCGUUCGGUACGGUGUGGCUGAACACACGUGUCUCCUCUCGCUGCCCGAGAAGAAAAGAACGGAGAGAGCGCACGGAUUUUCCUCGGGGACCAUGACGGGGCCCAACAACGUCGUCGUCGUGUUGUGCGCGUUGCUGUUGUACUGCGCGAUAGAUACCGAGGCGAUACGAUGUUACGAAUGCAGUUCCGACACCGAUCUCAAAGGCGAGGAUCUCUGCGGUGCUUACACGAAAUUCGACAGAGAGAGGAACGUGCCGAUCGAGUGUAACAGCGAAGAGUCGCACAUGCCGGGCACCUUCUGCGUGAAGUUGACCGAACAGAGUCCACGUGGUUUCAUUUGGGACGGUAGGUGGCGGCAAGUGAUUCGGCGAUGCGCCUCCGUUGCCAGCACCGGAGUGACAGGAGUCUGCAACUGGGGCGUCCGCGAGAACGGCGUUUUCUGGCAGGAGUGCUAUUGCUCCGAGGACUCGUGUAACGCAGCGUCCAGCUUGUCCCUCGCCACGCUGCUCGUCGCGACGUGCGCCGCCGCCGUCGUUACGUUGUUUUACUUUAAGUGAGGAAGAUUCGUCGAGCUUACAGAACCCAUAGACUCUCUCGACGAGCAAAAAGAGAGCGGGAGAAGUGUCGGACGUGAUCGUAAGAAUUGUUUAUGGAGUUCUUAUGAAAGGUAGUAAAAACCAAGGAAGAAAGGAAAAAGGAUAAGGAUAAAGAGAAAGAGAGAGAGAGAGAGAGAGAGGGAGGGAGGGAGAAGGAGCGAGAAAGUGACCUUAUCUUAUGUUAAACCUGAGAAAGAUAGUGGAGAUGUAAUCUGGAAAGAUUUUGGAGUUGGCUUCGCCUUAACGAAAUUUUAAUUAGGAGAGCCGUUACCUCGAGCAGGCACUCCCGAAUUCCCUUUGCUCGUUAACUUAAUUUCCGUUCGGUACACUUUAAAAUACACCGGCGCAUACUAUUUUGUUCCAUCUAUUAUGUAUAUUGUUCGUAGAACGGUGAAUUUUAAUCCGUGGAACUUUGAGAAACGGGAUCGCGUUGCGCGCGACGUGUAAUCGACGCGUCUCUGAUCUUCGUUAAGCAGAAAUCGACUCCGAAGUUGCCAAAGAGUACACUCUUGUUCACCGAAACUGCCUGUAGAUAGUCGAAAUAGUAUAUCCGUCCAUACGAUACGCGUUAAUCCGCAACGCGUUGUAUCACAUAAGAGCGAGAAUCUGACAUCGAAUCUCAAACAACCUUUCCGUAGCGUUAAGUCGUUUCCCGUCCUUGUAAAAAAACGUUAUCGCGUUACGAGAGAGAAAGAGAGAAAGCUGCGUUGAUAAAUUUGUUAAUUGUUACAUCCGAAAGGAGCGCGAAAUCGCGGAAUCAGUACAAAAUAGUCUGAGAGUCGCUCGAAGUCGCUGAGUAAGACGUUAAACAACGUUCGUUGCAGCUUUCGCGAAUUUUUGCGUCACUUUAUAUUUUUCUAUGCAUAAAUUUCAACACGCGUGCGUACCAGCGCACGCUAGUGAAAAGGAACAUUUGAAUCAUGUAUCAAUUAAUUUUUAUAUAUUAUUAUUGUAUGUGUUAAGCGAGUGAAAUGUUAUAUUGUGCAAAGUAUGUUUCAAAUUCCAUUCAAUUUUGUACUUUAUUAUGUAUCAUAAAUGAAAAAAAUAUAUUUCCAUACGCGUGAAACGCGUAUGCUACGGCAAUA